GUGCUGCUGGGUGUUGUGAAUAGCGCAUCGGGUGUAGCCUUCUACCAAUACAAUGGGUGGCGCUUCGUCAGGAUAAAUAUACCCUUGUCGGCUCCAGGAGUAGAAUGGGCAUGGAUUGGCAACCUGCCAAACACCUUAAAUAAGGCACUCUUCAUGAUGUCGACAAGCCAGGCUAAUCCACGACCAGCUUCUUCUUACCUAGAGUUUACAUACCAGAAUCCACUUGGGACCUACCACAAUGCUACUGCUGAAUGGUGCUCAGCAUACAAGACUGAAAUGGCCAAUGAUGGGUUGUCACAACUUGUUCUGGAUGUACAACAGGCCCCCAAAACCACCGAAAGCCAUACUUUCACGAAACCUGUACACAUCGAUGGCAGCCUGACUCUUCCUGCAGGCUCGGCAGUUUCGGAAGUGAAAGAUAUCCUCUGCCAAUCUGAAUCCAUGGCAGUGGACUACAAGUUCCAUGCAGACACAAGGACGCUAAUUGAUGACCGGAAGGCUCUCGAAGUUCGGCUUGCAGGAGUUGCCAACACCGUCUCCCAAUCCAGAUCCAUUAACAACCCAGACUUGGAUGGACUUCACUUUGCUCACCUGGUUACUACAUGCAGUACACCAGGAUGUGUUGCCAGUACAGUUGACUCUCUAACGGCAGACACGGUCAAUGGUGUUGUAGCCUCUUAUGACGGUGUUGCCCUAUUGAACAACACAAAUGUGAAGCUCAACCUAACCUUUGCUGAAGUAGCAGUGGCAGGAGGUGCUCUAGCAAUUGUAGAAAACGUCAAGGCUGAUAAUACGGCUGUUAUUCCCAUGAAUGAGCUGGUAACCCUCCACCAGGACCACACCAUAACUGCAGAUGUUGCUUUUGACAAGGUUCUGGUUGAUAACCUGCAAGUCUCUGGUACAGUCGAUGCAUUGACUGUGGACGAUUCUACUCUUCUACUGACCUAUGGUGAACAAACUGUAAAUGGACUGGUAACGGUAGAUGGUGCUGAUAGUACACUAAUAAGUACUACCAAUGUCAAUGGCAGAAACUUCGAUGAUUUUGUAGCAUCUCUCAUUGUGAAUGGAACCACCGAUACUUUUGAAGGACUGCUGGAAGUAGGUGAUGAUCUAAUAGCGCCCAACAUAGAUACUGUGGAAAGCAUGACGCCCCUUAACCCUGUAGAUGUUAAGGCCCGUGCACUCCUCCACACAACAACAAACACCCAAGUUGUUACUGGACUCCAUAGUGUUGGCAGCCUGGAGGCAGUUAAUGGAGUUUGGUUUGACAAUCUGAAUGGUGUUCUAGUACCAGAUGAGGUAUUCCUGAAGGAUGAAACGGUGACUGUCUCUGUUCCCACCACUUUCGACUCUAUCUCGGCUCAGAGUAUUCAAGUAACAAAUGCCAUAAACGAUGUGAAGCAAGUGGGAGGUAGCUUGGAAUUCCUCUUGCUUAACAAAGAUGCAACACUGUCAAAGAAGACUUUCACCAGUCUCACACUAGAGAAGGACUCUACUGUGGCCAAGCUAGUGGCUGGUUAUGACUUGGAUUACCUAGCAACAGGACUUCAUGAACAGUUCUUGAAGGAUCUUAAUGCUGGAAGAGCUGUGAACGGCUCGGUGAUCUUCGAUAAAGAACUAGAUGUUACUAGUGAUAAGAUCCAUGGUGUUAGUAUUGGCAAGAUCAGGGAUACAGCAGUUCCCCUCACUGCCACAAGCUUGAAUACUGCUCUGACCUUUGAAAAACCUGUCCAGAUUGCUGGUGCUUUGACUGUUUCGUCUACCAUUAACGGAGUUGGAAAGGAUGACUACGUACUCUUGGAUUCUGACCACACCAUUGUCUCUCCAAAGACCUUUGUUUCGGAUAUGGAGUGUCGUGAUGAUGUGACGGCAGGACUAGUCAGUGGUUAUGACCUUGCCAAGUUUGCAACUGAUGUAGUACUCAAGAAGGGCUCUGCACAGAACAUUCUACAAGACUUGUCAAUGACGUCAGCAGAUGUGAAUGGUGACCUGAAUGUAGCUGGCCAAAUAACCAUUGGUGGUGUAAACUUUGAUAGUGUCGUCGCUCUUAAUGCAACUGAAACCGUGAGAGGCCAGAAGACUUUCACAGAGGUUGAAGUAACAUCUUCAACAUCUGCUGGUGCUGUUAGUGUGGGUAACUUUGGAACAGUUGAUGGUGUAGUGAUCAAAGAAAUUUUCUUUGACGACAGCCUGAGGAAAUCUGUGUCAACAACCCAGGAGUUGGUUGGUAGGAACAUGGUUACAAUAGUAGCACAAAAUGCUGAAGGAACGGACCUUUCAGCCUUUGAAAGGAAGGUUGUGUACAAGGAUACAACCGAGACCAUUUCUGGUGGUUUAACAUUUGAAGGCUCGGUUUCGGUUGAUACUCUUCACUUCGAAAGAGACUUUGAUGGUGUAUCAGAACAAGCAUACAAGUCUGCUUGGCUUCUAAAUGAAGGUCCCCAGACCCUAACUGGAGUGAACUCUCUUGCCAAUGUUGAUGCAUCUGCUGUGACCUUCCAAGGAACAUACAUAGAUAAUGUAGAUAUUGGUCGCUUGCAUACAAUGACUGCAAAGAUUGAUGAACAGACCACCCUGAAUUCGACAACAUUUGUUGAGGUGGAGUCAUUAUCUCCAAUUACCUUGGAUGGAACUAUCCAAGGCUGGCAUCUUCAUGAGCAGGCCUUGCAGUCUUCCUCAACACAUCAAAGGGUUACUGGCAGGAAGAAGUUUACAAAACCCAUACACAUUAAAAACAGUAUUGCUGUAAAUGACUUUGUCAUUGUUCCUAAAGUGGGUGGUGGAGAACCCCUGGUGCUUGAAAUGAGCCAAUUCUGUAGCUCUUUCAUGCAGAAUGGAAAGGUCAUGGGAGACCUUGUAGUAAACGGUAAUGCUGUGUUCAAUAAGGACUUGGCUAUCAGCAACUCCUUCAACAAUGAGAACGUGGCAACCCUUGCCAGUUGUGUUUUGGCUAAAGUGACAUGGAUAACCAGUAUUAGUGAAAAGGGAAAAUCGAUAUUUGGCCAAAUUUCACUGGGAAUCACACAUCAUAAUGAAGAAGAAGUACUGAAGAACACUUGUAAAGAACAAAGGGUAACUGCAUCUUGGAAUCUGGCUAACCUUGAAGCUUCUAGCUUGCAAGCAGACACUGUAACAAAUCCUCUACAGGAUUCGGAUGUGAAUCCUGAGGACAGACAAAUCAGACCAUUUCUGGUGCAAAGACCUUCCCAGAAGUCCAAAUCUGUGGCUCUUGAGGGAACCCUCAAUGGACUGGAUGUGAAGACCAAUUUAGUGCAGUUAGGUAAGAGUGCUGAAAUAACUGCUGAAAAGACUUUCUAUCAAAAGCUGACCAUAAAAGGAGACUUGUCCGGGGCAGUGGUAGCACUGUUCCAGGGUGUUGAUGUUCGGCAUUUGAAGAAUCUGCUGUACUACAUAAUGACAGUGCAUUACAAAGCCUGUUAG